AUGACUUUAGUUCAACGUUUAAAUGACAAACAAACAACUACAGCAUCCGAUAAAUUAAGAAAAAAUGCAUUGACUACCGUUCGACACAUCGAAUUUUGUCUUUCGAGUUGUAAUUAUGGUUCAGACGAAUCAGCUCAUAUGGGUAAAAAUCUUGUACCUCUUCUCAGUAGUUAUACACCAUAUUUACAAACAUUGCGUCUUUGGCGAGAUGACGACUUUCCUUGGACAUCAAUUGAACAUGUUGCUGUCUUUCAACAAGAUCUUUUUGAAUUAGUUGAACAAUUAAAAGAACUUGUUUUACUCGAUAUUUAUGGAGAAAUCAAUCGUGAAAAAAUCGAACCUUAUCGUUCUAUGGUUCAAAUGCACUUCCCUAAUAGUCGAGUUCAUAUCGAAAUAAUAAGAUUUCGUUUUUGGAUUUGA